ACCGAGCGAGGCGAGUCUACUUUUCGCCGGUGCGAAAAACCCGUCGGCACUUUUCUGCAGACCCCUGAGUCGGUCGCCCAUUCUUUGAUUCGCAGUUCUCGCACGCGCCGGCCCCAAGAUGAAACAAGUGAGUUCCGUACUUCUCCUCACCGUCUUGGUGCAACUCGCCGCCUCGAAAAUCAGCAACGCCGUCCCAUCCUCCAUCCCUAGGGGUUACCACGGCAACCUGAAGGUGCACCAGGCCCGCCCUGUCCGCCAGCUGCAGUACAAGACCAUCGAAGAACUGCAACAAGAAUCAGCCACCCCGUACUCCGGCGACUACUACGGACAGCCCGCCCCUGAGAACUACCGUGAAGCAUCCCCUCGUACAUGCGGACACUUCCACAAGAAGGAAUACCACGUCGAGCCUGUCCAUGUCCAGCCCGUCUACGUUCAACCUCAGGUCCAUUACCAGGAGGUCUCCGUCCCUGUCCAACACUACCAGCAAAUCGCCGUCCCUGAAACCAAAUACGAGCAGGUCACAGUGCCCCACACCUCUUACGAGCAUAUCACUGUCCCGCACACUGAGUACCACACCGUGAAUGUCCCACAGACAGAGUACCAACAAAUUUCCGUCCCGGUACAGUCCUACCAAUCGUACCAAUCCUACAAGCCGGUCUACACUUCCUACAAGAAGCCAUGCUACAAGUCUGCCGAUGAAGACACCACCAACCCUGAAGUCUCCGAAUUCGCUGACCCUGCUCUUAGAGACACCGCCCUGUACCAGGCCAUCGGCAAGUCUUUGGGAUCCGGCUAUGACAUGAACGCUCCCGCUCCGGCCAUGAUCGCCCCUGAAAUCCCUGAAUACGGCCGACAAGCCCAGUACCUGAACGCUCCCCUCCCUGAGAUGAGAGCCGCCUAUGCCCCGGAGAUGAAAUCCGCCUAUGCCCCAGAGAUGAAGGCCGCCUACGCCCCUGAGAUGAAGGCCGCCUACGCCCCUGAGAUGAAGGCCGCCUACGCCCCUGAAAUGAAGGCCGCCAUCGCCCCUGAAAUGAGCCGUGCUGUCUACGCUGACCAGAGAGCUGUCAUCGCCCCUGAACAGCGCAACGCUUACCUCGGUGAGUCAAGAUCCGCCCAGAUGUACCAGGACAUGAACCAGAGAGCCGCCUACGCCCCGGAGAUGAGCCGUGCCGCCUACGCCGACCAGAGAGCCGCCAUCGCCCCUGAGUGGAGCCGCCAAGCCAUGUACCAGCCCGCUUACGCUGGUAUGUACCAGGGACCCGCCGCCCCCCAGUACGGUAGCGGAUUCUACCCCCAACCCUGGGGACGCAACGCUGAGUACCAGGCCGCUGAGAAAUCUGCCACCCUUGAGAAAGCUGCUGCCAUCCCUGAAGGAAAGCCCGCCCCCGCAGCUCCUCAACCCGCCAACACUGAAUCCAACCCUGCCAAAGGUAAAACUGAGACCCAAUCAGUUCACCAUUAAUUUUUCUCCAUCGUGAAAUCGUUAGGAUCUUUAACCUCCAAUUCAAUGAAAUCCAAAAGUAUUUAUUUUUAACGAAAACUCAGUUAAAAUUGCCAGAUUAUUGAUGUUUCGAGUGAGCUUUUUUUGUAGUAGCCAUAACAAACAAUAGUGGUAUUCUUACCAUUAAGCGAUAGUUUUACCACCGUAGAAGUAAAAUUACCGACGCAGGGGUAAAAUUAUCCUUGGGAAAUGCAUGUGCUGAAUGAAUGAAUGAAUGUGUGUGUUGUGUUGAAUGAAAGUUAUUGUUUUUUGCUACUAAUAACUAAGGUAUCACACGAAACACUGAUAAUUUGAUAAUUUUAAUGAUAGUAUUCGAAAGUAAGUGAAAAUUCGAGUGUAAAUAUUAGUCGAGCUUCAGUUUUGGGUUGUAGAGUGUGCAAGGUGUUAGCCUUCAAAUGUAAUGAAACAUUCGUGCAUCUUGCUUUUACCAUCGAUAUAUUUUUCUUACAUUUUCUUGGGGAAAGUGCAAUAUGAAAAUCUCGUAACUCGUGAAAGAAUAUGAAAGUAGUUCGAUUUAUUUUUUUCUGUUUUAUUUCACGGUGUUAGAUGUUCUCCUCUUAAUUUCUUAUUCCUUAUCAUUCCGUCCAUUAAAUAUUCCCAACGAUGUUCCAAAAAGACCGAAUUAUUCUUAUUAAUAUAAACUGGAACGCAUUCAACCGAUCGUUGAGGUUUUUUUACAAUGCUUCGUAAAAGGGUGUUUUUUUAACGUAUAAUUGUUAUUAUUAGUUUUCUUCUGUUACUGUGUUAUUAAAUGUGUAUAUAAUUUUGCAA